UGUACGAGGCAUGUGUGUGUCAGUAAUACAAGUAGAUCGAAACGAAACUGUUAAAAAUAUGCGGACGAAAUCAAACAACAAAAAUAAGGUGUCUUGACCAUGACCUAGCCAAGGCUGAACUUGAAUUCAGGAUGACUCCCACAGACAACAAAUUCCAUUGGGCGGACUAUGUCAUUUUGGUCGCUGUUUUGGUUGCAUCGGCUGCUACAGGGAUUUACUAUUCUUUAAGUGGCGGGAAACAGAAGACCAACCAUGAGUUCUUGACAGCUGAUCGAAAGCUAAAGGUGGCUCCUGUCGCUGUAUCUUUACUGGUGUCGCUAUGUUCUGCCAUUUCUAUUCUUGGAGCCUCCGCAGAGAUGUAUUACCAGGGGACGCAAUAUUAUCUCUUCACAUAUUCUCUGGGUCUGGCUGCCAUAGUGGCCAGUGUGACCUUCGUACCUCUUCUCUAUCCCCUACGCUUGACAUCUGUGAAUGAGUACUUGGAACUUAGGUACAAAUCUAAGUCUGUCAGGAUCUUGGGGUUUGUCAUUCUUUUGAUCUACACAGUCCUCAUCAUGUCUGUUGCUAUCUAUGCUCCUGCCACUGCGCUAGAGGCAGUGACAGGUCUUCCUCUGUGGGCUACUAUUCUCAGUGUUGGACUGGUGUCUACUUUUUAUACAGCAUUGGGAGGUAUCAAGGCAGUAGUAUGGGCAGAUGUGUUACAAAGUUUGGUUAUGAUUGGAGGAAUACUGGCUAUCAUCAUCCAGGGGAGCCUUAAAGUUGGAGGCUUGGAAGAAGUAUGGAACAUUAAUGAUGAAGGAGGAAGACUUGAUUUCUUUGAUUUCAACCCAGACCCCACCAAGCGGCAUACUUUCUGGGCCAUCAUAGUGGGAGGCACGCUGCAGCUGGUGGCUUUCUAUGGUGUCAAUCAGGCCAGUACUCAGAGAUACUGCAAUGUGGAGACGGGAGCCAAGGCAAAACUAGUGAUGAUUUUGAAUCCUCCGCUUUGGUUUAUAAUGUACAGCCUGAUAUGCCUGGCUGGGGUUGUGGUCUAUGCUUACUAUGCCAGCAUCAACUGUGACCCUCUGAAGGCCAAGUAUAUUAAGAAUGCAAAUCAGAUCAUUCCAUAUUUUCUGAUGGACCAGCUCAGCUACCCUGGGGUUCCAGGGUUGUUCAUAGCAUGUAUACUUAGUGGAGCUCUUAGCACUGUAUCAUCAGCACAAAGUGCCUUAGCAGCAGUAACUUGGGAGGAUGUCUUCAAACCAAAAUUGAACCACAUUGCAGAGAGGAAGAAAACUUGGAUCAGCAAGGGGCUUGUGAUCUUCUUUGGUGCUCUCUGUAUUGGUUUUGCCUUCCUGACCAGUCAAUUAGGAGGCACUGUGAUGCAGCUGGGGCUGAGUUUUCAAGGCGCGGCAAACGGACCCCUCCUCGGGAUGUUCCUGCUGGGAGCUUUGGUCCCUUUUGCCAACUGGCUGGGAGUUUUGAUAGGUGGUAUAUUGGGGUUAGCCUUCCCCCUGUGGAUCAGUUUUGGAGCUUACCUGCACAAACCCCCCACUAAUUACCUGCCAACCAACAUAUCAGGGUGUCUGAGUGACAGAAACGCCUCCAUGGUCAGUUCAGCUGUUGACCUCUUGGUCACCAACUUGACCACAGUGCCGUCAGUGCUGGCCUCAGACAGUCCUGCCCAAGACAGAGAAUCUGGGUUUGAUCUCACCAGGUUGUACACAGUGUCCUACAUGUGGUAUGGUGCAGUGGGGUUAAUUACUACACUGGUAUUUGGUACAGUUAUCAGCUUGAUCACAGGCCCGAUGAAAAGGGAAGACAUUGAUGACAGACUGUUGUUCUCAUGGUGUUGUUGCUGUAGGAAAUCAGAGACGCAGAUGUCUUCAUGCAUCAGAAAGAGGAAGAAAAUGAGCUUCAAGAGGGUUACUAGGAAGAAAAUGGAAUCAACAACUUGGCCUUCAGCCAGAAUUAAAAAGACCAAGUUGAACACUUCUGACCCUCGUUCUCGUGGCAAAAGGGGAACUGGUGAAGAAUUUCUAGAGCUUCAAGAAUGUUUAAUUAUAGCAUAAAUCUUCCAUUAUAAUUUCAAGUCAAUAAUAUGUGGGCAUGUUAAAAAAGUUUCAUUCAUUUGAUAGAUGGCAUAAGUCAAAAGUUCUUUUGUCACAAUCUGUUUAUAAGUAAAAUUGUAUCACUCACAUGAAAUAUUUUAACGCACCGUCAGCCAUCUUUAGGAGACUGAUAAAGAUGGCUGAAGGCUAGUCAUAACCACCCUAAAGAAACCAACGAAAAUAAAUGUUGUCAGGACUCGGGUAAACAUUUUACCAUGUUCUUAGUAAAUUGGAUCACCAAUGCAAAGUUGUAUCAAGAUUUUAUGUAUUUCUGUGGCACUGAGUAGAAAACGGACAAGUUGGUGAUUAUACGAGUGGGUCGGAAAUAACGUGUUAAUCUGUUAGUCUGAUUGCAUUUGGUGAGAGUCCCUGCUGAGUUGGUUAGAUAGUUUCACUAUGAAUGCACUCAAAGACUUCACAUCUCUCUAUGGCAGGUGAUUGCAUUUGGUGAGAGUCCCUGCUGAGCUGAUUAGAUAGUUUCACUAUGAAUGCACUCAAAGACUUCACAUCUCUCUAUGGCAGGUGGCUGCAGUUACAUGUUGACAACAAAAAAGAUAGAAUGUCAAAUUGAGGUGCUUAUUAGAAAAGUAGUAUCACAGAAUCUGGAGUUUUUUUACAGUAAUUUUGCUAAGUCAAAUUAUAUUUGAAAUGCUUCCAUUUUUUAUCACUUGGUCAAGUGAUUUAUUCAGUCACGACUGAUUUUGUGCACAUUUUUUUUAGGUUCAUUAAUUUCAUUAAUGUUGGUCAUUAGUACAAUGUACCUUCUGAACAUGUAUAUGGUUAGAUAGUUAUUGCAUGUUGUAAAACCAUGGUCUUACUCUUUGUUAAAGACUUAUACAUACAUAUAAUGCCUUAUCAACUGGGGUGCAACAUAAAGCAAUUUUGUGAUUACUAACAAGAGAUAUAUAUUUUUACAAAUUAUUAUAUUGUUAAAACUGUUACAUUUCAUUUUAUUAUUUAUGUCUUUACAUAAAAUACAGUGCAAGAUAUGCACAAGUUUUCCUUUUAAAGAUGAUGAUUUCAGUACUAUUAAUAACAUCAUCCAGACCCCAGUUUCACAAAAAAAAAAAAA